AUGGUUAUACAACCAAGUACUUCACACAAAAAAGCAGUAGUAGCUAUCGACUUUGGAACUAGUUGUAGUGGCUAUGCAUCUGCAUUUAUUACAAAUAAUGAUAAUGUAGAUAUCUAUGCACACGAUUCAUGGCCUGGAGGAGGUUCAAUCAACACAAAGACUGUGACUGUGAUCUCACUCGAUCGACAAGGUAGACUCGCUAAAUUUGGGUAUGAUGCUCGUGAAGAUUACGAUAAUGCUAUCUUUUCAAACUUCAAGAUGGUGCUCUUUGACUCGGUGUCAAGAGAAAAUACAAUGGUCAAAGCUGACAAUUGUGAUCAGACUGCAUCAGUAGAAUCUCUCAUCACAGAGACACUCAAGUUCUUUAAACAAACAAGUUUGGAGAGACUAAACAAUGGAAGUUUUAACAAGUUAAAUCAAAGAGAUGUACAAUGGGUCAUUACAGUACCUGCAAUUUGGGAUGACGCUGCAAAACAAAUAAUGCGUCAGUGUGCUACCAAUGCUGGUUUAUGUACAUUUGCUGAUGAUAAAGAAUCACUGUUACUUGCAUAUGAACCAGAGAGUGGAGCAAUGGAUUGUAUCUUUGAAAAAACAAAUUCACAAUAUUAA